UGAACGUGGACGAGGCAUGGAAGGAAUUAGAGGACGCUGGUGCAGCGAGUUUUAGCUACCUAACGCCGUCGUUUGGACCAUAUCGACAUGAUGCAACUAAAGUUAAAUUUUUCACAUCAAGAUUGCCAGUCGCUUUGAUCGGGCAUAAGUCGUAUGAGGUUUAUGUAGCUAGCACCCAUAUACAACAAGCAGCCAGCUUGCAAUACAUAUCUUUACAAGGUUAGAUAAUAGCUAAGAGCUGGUUAGUUAGCUACAGUACUGUUAGCUAGCAAGCUAUCUGAAAUGGCCAAUAAAAGCAGAGCAUUGGCACAGAGGAUGCUUCUCCUCUGUAGACAGGAGACCAAGGCAUAUUCACUAUGGCGAAGGACAACAAUUCCGAUUGCAUGCCAAGGACAUCUGAUCAAACCCAGCAUUAUGCAUUUGAGAUUUUCUCUCAAUGUCAACAAACACUCAACGUGCACAACAGGUUUGUUACUACUGGGCUGGACCAAAAGAGUACAACGUGGGUGUCCAGGACCAGGAUGGAAGAACACUACUCAACGAAUAAUUAUGUCUAUGCUUAAUAUAGAGCAGGCAUAACACUAACUUUAUGUCUCUCCAGGUUCUAGCAGCUUGUCCCUUCGGAGUCACACUUGUGGGGAACUACGGCCUGCUGAUGUAGGAGAUGAAGUCACUCUGUGUGGCUGGGUUCAAUAUCUGAGGUUUGACAUGUUUCACUGUUUCAAGCACUUUAUUCUUCUCACAUACUGUUUCUAUUCAUAUUUAAAGUAGCCUAUAUCAUCACAUGGAAAUAAUUGCAUUGUGCUAAUUCUAACAGUGUACACAUGGUUUUGCUCCAAUCAGACAGGAUUUAUUUCUUAUCAUGAGAGAUUUCAGUGGCUUGGCACAAAUUCUUAUCCCUCAAGACGAGGUAAGACUGUUCUACACUUUUAUUAAUUAUUCCAAAAACACUGCUGUAUUUUGCAUUUCUGUUAUUGAAAUUCCGAUGUAUAUGUCAUAUAUUUUAACGUUUCUAUAUAUUGACUAUAUAUUUAUUUGUAAUUUGUGCCUAGGCCAAACUUCAUCUGAAAACAGCCUUGUGUGAUUUACCACCUGAAUCAGUAAUCAAGGUGAAAGGCACAGUCAGGCUUCGACCAGAUGGACAAGAUAACAAGGUGAGACUGAUGACAAGACAAGUGGCAGUAACAUUUACCGUCAGUGUUAUUGUGAAUGACUCCAUUCUGAUAUGUGUCGCAAUUUUGUAAAUUGAAGGAGAUGGCCACAGGAGAGAUUGAGGUUCUUGCAGAGAGUGUGGAGAUUCUAAAUGUCUGCCGUAAGCUGCCCUUUGAAAUCAAAGAUUUUGUGAAAGUGAGUAUGUGAUUAAAUACAUUAUUUACGCAUAAUAACAUCACACACAAAAAACUAACAUAUUUAUUGUUAGCAUUAUUAUUUCAGUAUUGAUGAGCUUUACUCUUUGUUUACAGAAAUCUGAAUCCCUUCGGAUGCAGUAUCGCUAUCUGGACCUUCGUUCGUCACAAAUGCAGUAUAACUUGAGGCUGAGGUCCCAGCUAGUGAUGAAGAUGAGAGAGUACCUCUGCAAUGUGCAUGGUACGUGUCCUUGAGUUGCCUCUCCAGUUCCUAUCCUACUGUACAGAAGUGUAUUUGUUUUCAUAAUAUGUUUGUUUCCAUGAUUCUAGGGUUUGUGGAUGUUGAAACUCCCACCUUAUUUAAGAGGACUCCAGGGGUAGGUGCUCUCCAUUGUACUCCACACAACAUUUUACUUUCUCCGAACACUAUUUUGGAGAAAUUAUGUGUAUUAUAGAGUAGGAGCUCCUCUAUGAAAUUAUUUAUAAAGGAGUCAGUCCUCCCCUCAUGUAUUUGUAUUUUCCAGGGUGCAAAGGAGUUUGUGGUGCCUUCAAGAGAACCUGGUCGAUUUUACUCCCUGCCUCAGAGUCCUCAGCAGUUUAAACAGCUUCUCAUGGUGGCUGGCAUCGACAGGUAAACAAAAUGCAUCCGUUGCACUGAAUAACCAGUUACAUUGUUACACCUGAUGCCCUGUGUCCAUUGUUUCAUAGAUCAACAACUUUGGUUUUGAGCAUAUAUUCCUUGUGAAAAAAUGUUUUGCCUUUGAAUUGUAACUCUCUAAUGUACAUUUAUCUUGCAGGUACUUUCAAGUGGCCCGGUGCUACAGAGAUGAAGGUUCCAAACCAGACAGACAGCCAGAAUUUACCCAGGUAAUGCAGUGAUUAGCUCUGAGAAGAGACAUGAUCAACUAUUUCUUAGGGCAGAUAGAAUAACUUUGGCAGAUGAGUGUUGAACAGCUUUAAUGGGGUUCUUAAUUUGACACCCACACAGCUCACUCUGUUAAAGGUCCUCGCUGGAAACACACAAACACACAGAUAAUUCAAGUUUAAUUCUGCCCUCAUUCCUCUACAAUGCCUCUUAUCUAUCCUCCCUAGGUGGACAUUGAGAUGUCCUUUGUGGAUCAAGCUGGAAUCCGAGGGUUGAUUGAGGGCUUGGUCCAGUACUCCUGGCCCGUGGAGAAAGAUCCUGUCUCCACACCCUUCCCCUGCAUGACUUAUGAAAAAGCAAUGAAGGACUAUGGAGUGGACAAGCCAGACACACGAUUCGCCAUGAAGGUUUGCUCAAAAUACUUAGAAAUUAUUUUACAUUUUGGGGGGUAUUUUUAAAUGCUACAAUCUGAUAGUGAAGUAAGAAUAUCCUGCUUCAGUGUUCUAAUUUGAAAUGUGUUUCCUACUUUUAUAGCUCAUGGACAUCAGUAAAACAUUCCACAACACAGAAAUAGAGUUCCUUAAAGACGCCCUCAACCAACCAGGAGGCUGUAUCCAGGCAAUAUGUGUCCCGGAUGGAGCAGUAAGUACAGUUAAACAGAAAUCAAGGAUUCUGGUAGACUGUUCUAAUAGAUUUUGUUAGCCUAUUACUUUUGUUAAGAUUUGUGCAUCAAAUAAAGAUUGUCUAACUUGUUGUGAUAUAGUGCCCAUAGAAAGUCUAUACCCCCUUUCAAAAUGUUCACAGUUUGUUGUUUUAUAGCCUCGAAUUACAAUGCAUUAAAAUAGUUUUUUCACCAUUGAUCUACACAUCCUACCCCACAACUUCUAAGUGAAAACUAUUCUCUUUUUUCUUGUUGAAAAUCUAUAAAAACUGAAAUAGCUUGGUUGGAUAAGUGUCCACCCCCCUUGUAAUAGCAAUCCUAAAUUAGCUCAGGUGUAACCAAUCACCUUCAAAAUCACACACCAAGUUAAGCAAACACUCAACCAUGAGCACCAAUGAGCUUUCAAAAGAACUCUGGGACAAAGUUGUGGAAAGGCACAGAUCAGGGGAUGGGUAUAAAACAUUUAAAAGGCCUUGAAUAUCCCUUGGUGCACGGUCAAGACGAUUAUUAAGAAGUGGAAGGUUUAUGGCACCACCAAGACUCUGCCUAGAUCAGGCCUUCCCUCCAAACUGGAUGACAGAGCAAGUAGGAGACUGAUCAGAGAGGCUAACAAGAGUCCAAUGUCAACUUUGAAAGAACGACAGGCUUUUAUGGCCAAGACUGGUCAAAGUAUGCAUGUGACAACAAUAUAACAAGUGCUCCACAAAUGUGGCAUGUAUGGUAGGGUGGCAAGAAGGAAGCCAUUACUCAAGAAAUUUCACCUUGAAUCCCAUUUGAAGUAUGCAAAAAAACAUUUUGGAGUUUUGUGGACUGACAGAAUUAAAAUGGAACUUUUUGGCCUAAAUGCAAAGCGUUACGUUUGGCGCAAACCCAACACGGCACAUCACCCAUAGAACACCAUCCCUACUGUGAAGCAUGGUGGUGGCAGAAUCAUGUUAUGGGGAUGUUUCCCAUUGUCAGGGACUGGGAAAGAAGGGAUGGUAGGGAAAAUGAAUGGAGAAAUGUACAGAAAAGUCCUUGAGGAAAACCUGCUUCCCUCUGCAAGAAUGCUGAAACUGGGACGGAAGUUAACAUUUCAGCAUGCCAACGACCAGAAGCACACAGCCAAAGCUACAGUGGAGUGGCUACGGUAUGAAAAGGUACAUGUCCUUGAGUGGCCGAGUCAGAGCCCCCACCCAAAUUCAAUCAAAAAUGUGUGGCAUGACUUGAAGCUUGCUGUCCAUCAACACUCCCCAAGGAACUUGACAGUGCUUAAACAGUUUUGUAAAAAAAAAAUAUUUUGGUAUUUGUUAUUUUAUUAGGAUCCCCAUUAGCUGUUGUGAAGCAGCAGCUACUUUUCCUGGGGUCCACACAAAACAUGAAACAGGACAUAAUACGGAACAUUAAUAGACAAGAACAGCUCAAGGACAGAACUACAUAUAUAAAAAAAUGGCACACAUACACACAAAAUAUCUACGUCAAAUAAGGGAGAGGCGUUGUGCCGUGAGGUGUUGCUUUAUCUGUUUUUUGAAACCAGGUAUGCUAUUCAUUUCAGCAAUAUGAGAUGGGAGUUCCAUGCAAUAAUGGCUUAAUAUACAGUGGGGAAAAAAAGUAUUUAGUCAGCCACCAAUUGUGCAAGUUCUCCCACUUAAAAAGAUGAGAGUGGCCUGUAAUUUUCAUCAUAGGUACACAUCAACUAUGACAGACAAAAUGAGGGGAAAAAAAUCCAGAAAAUCACAUUGUAGGAUUUUUUAUGAAUGUAUUUGCAAAUUAUGGUGGAAAAUAAGUACUUGGUCAAUAACAAAAGUUUCUCAAUACUUUGUUAAAUACCCUUUGUUGGCAAUGACACAGGUCAAACGGAUUUCUGUAAGUCUUCACAAGGUUUUCACACACUGUUGCUGGUAUUUUGGCCCAUUCCUCCAUGCAGAUCUCCUCUAGAGCAGUGAUGUUUUGGGGCUGUCGCUGGGCAACACAGACUUUCAACUCCCUCCAAAGAUUUUCUAUGGGGUUGAGAUCUGGAGACUGGCUAGGCCACUCCAGGACCUUGAAAUGCUUCUUACGAAGCCACUCCUUCGUUGCCCGGGCGGUGUGUUUGGGAUCAUUGUCAUGCUGAAAGACCCAGCCACGUUUCAUCUUCAAUGCCCUUGCUGAUGGAAGGAGGUUUUCACUCAAAAUCUCACGAAACAUGGCCCCAUUCAUUCUUUCCUUUACACGGAUCAGUCGUCCUGGUCCCUUUGCAGAAAAACAGCCCCAAAGCAUGAUGUUUCAACCCCCAUGCUUCACAGUAGGUAUGGUGUUCUUUGGAUGCAACUCAGCAUUCUUUGUCCUCCAAACACGACGAGUGGAGUUUUUACCAAAAAGUUAUAUUUUGGUUUCAUCUGACCAUAUGACAUUCUCCCAAUCCUCUUCUGGAUCAUCCAAAUGCACUCUAGCAAACUUCAGACGGGCCUGGACAUGUACUGGCUUAAGCAGGGGGACACGUCUGGCACUGCAGGAUUUGAGUCCCUGGCGGCGUAGUGUGUUACUGAUGGUAGGCUUUGUUACUUUGGUCCCAGCUCUCUGCAGGUCAUUCACUAGGUCCCCCUGUGUGGUUCUGGGAUUUUUGCUCACCAUUCUUGUGAUCAUUUUGACCCCACGGGGUGAGAUCUUGCAUGGAGCCCCAGAUCGAGGGAGAUUAUCAGUGGUCUUGUAUUUCUUCCAUUUCCUAAUAAUUGCUCCCACAGUUGAUUUCUUCAAACCAAGCUGCCUACCUAUUGCAGAUUCAGUCUUCCCAGCCUGGUGCAGGUCUACAAUUUUGUUUCUGGUGUCCUUUGACAGCUCUUUGGUCUUGGCCAUAGUGGAGUUUGGAGUGUGACUGUUUGAGGUUGUGGACAGGUGUCUUUUAUACUGAUAACAAGUUCAAACAGGUGCCAUUAAUACAGGUAACAAGUGGAGGACAGAAGAGCCUCUUAAAGAAGAAGUUACAGGUCUGUGAGAGCCAGAAAUCUUGCUUGUUUGUAGGUGACCAAAUAAUUAUUUUCCACCAUAAUUAGCAAAUGAAUUCAUUAAAAAUCCUACAAUGUGAUUUUCUGGAAUUUUUUUCCUCAAUUUCUCUGUCAUAGUUGACGUGUACCUAUGAUGAAAAUUACAGGCCUCUCUCAUCUUUUUAAGUGGGAGAACUUGCACAAUUGGUGGCUGACUAAAUACUUUUUUUCCCCACACUACCGGUCAAAAGUUUUAGAACACCUACUCAUUCAAGGGUUUUUCAUUAUUUGUACUAUUUUCUACAUUGUAGAAUAAUAGUGAAGAUAUCAAAACUAUGAAAUAACACAUAUGGAAUCAUGUAGUAACCAAAAAGGUGUUAAACAAAUAAAAAUAUAUUUUAUAUUUGAGAUUCUUCAAAUAGCCACCCUUUGCCUUGAUGACAGCUUUGCACACUCUUGGCAUUCUCUCAAUCAGCUUAACCUGAAAUGCUUUUCCAACAGUCUUGAAGGAGUUCCCACAUAUGCUGAGCACUUGUUGGCUGCUUUUCCUUCACUCUGCGGUCCGACUCAUCCCAAACCGCUCAGUCGGGUGAUUGUGGAGGCCAGGUCAUCUGAUGCAGCACUCCAUCACUCUCCUUGGUAAAAUAGCCCUUACACAGCCUGGAGGUGUGUUGGGUCAUUGUCCUGUUAAAAAACAAAUGAUAGUCCCACUUAGCGCAAACCAGAUGGGAUGGCGUAUCGCUGCAGAAUGCUGUGGUAGCCAUGCUGGUUAAGUGUGCCUUGAAUUCUAAAUAAAUCACAGACAGUGUCACCAGCAAAGCACCGCACCAUAACACCUCCUCCUCCAUGCUUUACAGUGGGAAAUACACAUGCGGAGAUAAUCCGUUCACCCACAUCGCGUCUCACAAAGACACGGCGGUUGGAACCAAAAAUCUCAAAUUUGGACUCCAGACCAAAGGACAAAUUUCCACCGGUCUAAUGUCCAUUGCUUGUGUUCCUUGGCCCAAGCAAGUCUCUUCUUCUUAUUGGUGUCCUUUAGUAGUGGUUUCUUUGCUGCAAUUCGUCCAUGAAGGCCUGAUUCACACAGUCUGCUCUGAACAGUUGUUGUGGAGAUGUGUCUGUUACUUGAACUCUGUGAAGCAUUUAUUUGGGCUGCAAUUUCUGAGGCUGGUAACUCUAAUGAACUUAUCCUCUGCAGCAGAGGUAACUCUUCCAUUCCUGUGCCGGUCCUCAUGAGAGCCAGUUUCAUCAUAGCACUUGAUGGUUUUUGUGACUGCACUUGAAGAAACUUUCAAAGUUCUUAAUUUUCCGUAUUGACUGACCUUCAUGUCGUAAAGUAAUGGACUGUCGUUUCUCUUUGCUUAUUUGAGCUGUUCUUGCCAUAAUAUGGACUUGGUCUUUUACCAAAUAGGGCUAUCUUCUGUAUAUCCCCCCUACCUUGUCACAGCACAACUGAUUGGCUCAAACAUAUUAAGAAGGAAAGAAAUUCCACAAAUUAACUUUUAACAAGGCACACCUGUUAAUUUAAAUUGAAAUGCAUUCCAGGUGACUACCUCAUGAAGCUGGUUGAGAGAAUGCCAAGAGUGUGCAAAGCUGUCAUCAAGGCAAAGGGUGGUUACUUUGAAGAAUCUCAAAUAUAAAAUAUAUUUUGAUUUGUUUAACACUUUUUUUGGUUACUACAUGAUUCCAUAUGUGUUAUUUCAUAGUUUUGAUGACUUCACUAUUAUUCUACAUGUAGAAAAUAGUAAAAAUAAAGAAAAACCCUUGAAUGAGUAGGUGUUCUAAAACUUUUGACCGGUAGUGUAAUACUGUACGCCUUCUUGAAUUUGAUCUGGAUUUUGGGACUGUGAAAUGACCCCUGGUGGCAUAUAUAUAUAUAUUAAUAAUAAAUAAUAUAAUAUGCCAUUUAGCAGACGCUUUUAUCCAAAGCGACUUACAGUCAUGCGUGCAUACAUUUUUUUGUGUAUGGGUGGUCCCGGGGAUCGAACCCACUACCUUGGCGUUACAAGCGCCGUGCUCUACCAGCUGAGCUACAGAGGACCAUGUCUAGUGGGGUAAGUGUGUGUGUCAGAGCCGUGUAUAAGUUGACUAUGUAAACAAUUUGGAAUUUUCAACACAUUGUUUCUUUAUAAAAAUAAGUGAUGCAGUCACUCUCCUCAACUCUUAGCCAGGAGAGACUGGCAUGCAUAUUAUUUAUAUUAGCCUUCUGAUUACAAUGAAGAGCAAGACGUGCCACUCGUUUCUGGGCCAGCUGCAGCUUAACUAGGUCUUUCUUUGCAGCAUUUAACCACAUGACUGGACAAUAAGAUAAGACAAAACUAGAGCCUGCAGGACAUGCAGAAGUUGGCAGAGACCUAAUCACAGCUGUAAUUGCUGCCAAAGGUGCUUCCACCAAGCAUUGACUCAGGGGGGUGGAGACUUAUCCAAUUUAUGAUAUUUCAGUUUAGUAUUUUAAAUAUUUAUAAUUUGUGUAUGGUGGUAGAUAAGUGGUGGGGAUCCUUAUUUAAAUGCAUGAAACUCUGAGGCACUGACACAACAAAAUGUGAAAAGAGUUUAAGGGGGUAUCGACUUUGUAUAGGACAUAUGUGUUCUUUAUUUCACUCCAGAAACAUUUGAAGAGCAAAGAUCACGAAUCCCUGAAACAAACUGCCAGGACCCAGUUCGGCCAGGUAUGUAACCUCACGCUUUAAAACCCCCUGCUGCUUUUACAGUACACUCAGCAAAAGAAAACAGACUGUCUUCAUGAAUAUUAAUCUGGAAUAUGAUCAAUAAGACAAGAUGACUGAAGAAAAUGUUGAACGAAGCACAUGGUGUAAUUGCCCUGAGGCGAGGGUAGACCUCACCAAUUCUAGAGUUGUGCAAUCCUGAAAAUCUUGUAGGACCCCCUUUUAUAACGAAGUGAGAUGAUUGAUAAACACACAACUAAUUUGUGACUCCAUUACGACUAAUGAUUUAUUUGGUUUAGCAAUUCAUGGUUAGAGAGAUAUGAAAACCCGAUGACUGCUUGGCAUUCAAGUCUGUCGGCGCCAUGCCCGGAGGCUAGCUGCAUCAGAGGUAUGCCAAUUAAGCCUGGUAUUUUUUUUGUGUCUUUUUUUUCUUUUUCUCCUAGGAAGUGAGUGUAGUUUUGGUGAAGGCAGAUGGUGCAUUGAAGUCUCCCCUCAACCGACUCAUGCCUGCCUCAGCUAAACAGCAGCUGCUCCAGAUGGCACAGGCCAGACCUGGGGACCUGCUGCUCAUCUCUGCUGGGACGCAGGAAUGUGUGGUGAGUUACAAUCUGAUUUGGUCACCCUGGCUGUGUCCCAAAUGGCAUCCUGCCUAUAUAGUGGACUACUAUUGACCGGGGCCCAUAGGGCUCUGGUCAAAAGUAGUGCACUAUGUAGGGAAUAGGGUGCAUACCUCACCCCAAUUAAAGAUAACCAUCAUGGAACAGUUUCAAAGUUAGCCCUAUUGGUCGAAAUGAGUGAUGUGGUGGUCAGUGCUUUGAGGUUGAUCGCUUUGCUAUGAACCGAAAUCAGUAGCACAGUAUAAUUCAUACACACAACACACUGCAAGGUUUGAUUUGUCUUAUUUUUCAGAAUUAAAAGCUUGAAAUGUUUUUAUUUUUUCUCAAAUGCGUCAUUGGGCCUGGGUGCAGAUGAUAUACCAAAAAUGAUGGUUGUUUUGUUCAAAUGAAAAGGUAUUUCAUAUGCAGUGUCUUCGGAAUGUAUUCACACCCCUUGACUUGCUCCACAUUUUGUUGUGUUGCAGCCUGAAUUCAAAAUUGAUUAUAUUGAGAUGUUAUAUUGAGAGGUAUCACUGGCCUACACACAAACCCCAUAAUGUCAGUGGAAUUAUAUUUAUAUUAUACUUAAUUAAUGAAAGCUGAAAUUUUAGUCAAUAGGUAUUCAACUCUUUUGUUAUGGCAAGCCAAAACAAGUUCAUGAGUAAAAAUGUGCUUAACAAGUCACAUAAGUUGCAUGGACUCACUGUGUGCAAUAAUAGUGUUUAACAUGAUUUUUGAAUGACUACCUCAUCUCUGUACCCCACACAUAAAGUUAUCUGCAAGGUCCCUCAGUCAAGCAAUGAAUUUCAAACACAGAUUCAACGACAAAGACCAGGGGUGUUUUCCAAUGCGUCGCAAAGAAGGGCACCUAUUGGUAGAUGGAUAAACCAUUUUUUACAAGCAGACAUUAAAAAUCUCUUUGAGCAUGGUAAAGUCAUUAAUUACAGUUUGGAUGGUGGAUUAAUACACCCAGUCACUACAAAGAUACAUGCGUCCUUCCUAACUCAGUUGCCGGAGAGGAAGGAAACCGCUCAGGGAUUUCACCAUGAGGCCAAUAGUGACUUUAAAACGGUUACAGAGUUUAAUGGCUGUGAUAGGAGAAAACUGAGGAUGGAUCAACAACAUUGUAUUUACUCCACAAUACUAACAUAAAUGACAGCGUGAAAAGAAGUAAGUCUCUACAGAAUAAAAAAUAUUCCAAAACAUGCAUCCUGUUUGCAAGAAGGCACUAAAGUGAAACUGCAAAGAAAUUGGCAAACAAAUUCUCUUUAUGUCCUAAAUACAAAGUGUUAUGUUUGGGGCAAAUCCAACACAACACAUCACUGAGUACCACUUCAUAUUUUCAAGCAUGGUGGUGGCUGCAUCAUGUUAUGGGUAUGCUUGUCAUCAGCAGGGACUAGGGUGUGUUUUUUAGGAUAAAAAUAAAUAGAAUAGAGCUAAGCACAGGCAAUUUCCGAGAGGAAAACCUUGUUCAGUCUGCUUUCUAACAGACACUGGGAGUCAAAUUCACCUUUCACCAUGACAAUAACCUAAAACACAAGGCCAAAUAUACACUGAAGUUGCUUACCAAGACGACAUUGAAUGUUCCUGAGUGGCCUAGUUACAGUUUUGACUUAAAUCAGCUUGAAAAUCUAUGGCAAGACUUGAAAAUGGCUGUUUAGCAAUGAUCAACAACCAACUUCACAGAUUAAGAACUUUAAAAAGAAUAAUGUGCAAAUAUUGUACAAUCCAGGUGUGGAAAGCUCUUAUAGACUUACCCAGAAAGACUCACAGUUGUAAUCGCUGCCAAGGGUAGUUUAACAUGUAUUGACUCAGGGAUGUGAAUACGUACAGUACCAGUCAAAAGUUUGGACACACCUACUCAUUCAAGGGUUUUUCUAUAUUUUUACUAUUUUCUACAUGUAGAAUAAUAGUGAAGUCAUCAAAACUAUGAAAUAACACAUAUGGAAUCAUGUAGUAACCAAAAAAGUGUUAAACAAAUCAAAAUAUAUUUUAUAUUUGAGAUUCUUCAAAUAGCCACCCUUUGCCUUGAUGACAGCUUUGGACACUCUUGGCAUUCUCUCAACCAGCUUCAUGAGGUAGUCACCUGGAAUGCAUUUCAAUUAACAGGUGUGCCUUGUUAAAAGUUAAUUUGUGGAAUUUCUUUCCUUCUUAAUGCGUUUGAGCCAAUCAGUUGUGUUGUGACAAGGUAGGGGUGGUAUACAGAAGAUAGCCUUAUUUGGUAAAAGACCAAGUCCAUAUUAUGGCAAGAACAGCUCAAAGAAGCAAAGAGAAACGACAGUCCAUCAUUACUUUUAAGACAUAAAGGUCAGUCAAUCCGGAACAUUUCAAGAACUUUUAAAGUUUCUUCAAGUGCAGUCGCAAAAACCAUCAAGCGCUAUGAUGAAACUGGCUCUCAUGAGGACCGGCACAAGAAAGGAAGACCCAGAGUUACCUCUGCUGCAGAGGAUAAGUUCAUUAGAGUUACCAGCCUCAGAACUUGCAGCCCAAAUAAAUACUUAAUAGAGUUCAAGUAACAGACACAUCUCAACAUCAACUGCUCAGAGGAGACUGCGUGAAUCAGGCCUUCAUGGUCGAAUUGCUGCAAAGAAACCACUACUAAAGGACACCAAUAAGAAGAAAAGACUUGCUUGGGCCAAGAAACAUGACCAAUGGACAUUAGACCGGUGGAAAUCUGUCCUUUGGACUGAUGAGUCCAAAUUGGAGAUUUUUGGUUCCAACUGCUGUGUCUUUGUGAGACGCAGUGUAGGUGAACGGAUGAUCUCCACAUGUAUACAUUUUUACAUUUACAUUUUAGUCAUUUAGCAGACGCUCUUAUCCAGAGCGACUUACAGUUAGUGAGUGCAUACAUUAUUUUUUAUUUUUCAUACUGGCCCCCCGUGGGAAUCGAACCCACAACCCUGGCGUUGCAAACGCCAUGCUCUACCAACUGAGCUACAUCCCUGCCAGCCAUUCCCUCCCCUACCCUGGAUGACACUGGGCCAAUUGUGCGCCGCCCCAUGGGUCUCCCGGUCGCGGCCGGCUACGACAGAGCCUGUAUUCGAACCGCGAUGCAGUGCCUUAGACCACUGCGCCACUCGGGAGUAUAGUUCCAACCGUGAAGCAUGGAAGAAGAGGUGUGAUGGUGUGGGGGUGCUUUGCUGGUGACACUGUCUGUGAUCUAUUUAGAAUUCAAGGCACACUUAACCAGCAUGGCUAGCACAGCAUUCUGCAGUGAUACGCCAUCCCAUCUGGUUUGGGCUUAGUGGGACUAUCAUUUGUUUUUCAACAGGACAAUGACCCAACACACCUCCAGGCUGUGUAAGGGCUAUUUUACCAAGAAAGACAGUGAUGGAGUGCUACAUCAGAUGACCUGGUCUCCACAAUCACCCGACCUCAACCCAAUUGAGAUGGUUUGGGAUGAGUUAGACCGCAGAGUGAAGGAAAAGCAGCCAACAAGUGCUCAGCAUAUGUGGGAACUCCUUCAAGACUGUUGGAAAAGCAUUCCAGGUUCCAGCUGGUUGAGAGAAUGCCAAGAGUGUUUAAAGCUGUCAUCAAGGCAAAGGGUGGCUACUUUGAAGAAUCUCAAAUAUAUAUUUGGAUUUUUUUUUUUUACACUUUUUUGGUUACUACAUGAUUCCAUAUGUGUUAUGUCAUAGUUUUGACGUCUUCGCUAUUAUUCUACACAGUAGAAAAAAUAAAGUAAAAAUAAAGAAAAACCCUUGAAUGUGUAGGUGUGUCCAAACUUUUGACUGGUACUGUAUGUAAAUUAGAUCAUUCUACAUUUUCUAAAAACAUGUUUUCACUGUCAUAAUGGGAUAUUGUGUGUAGAUGGUAGAGGAAAAAAAUUAAUUCAAUCCAUUUUGAAUUCAGGCUGUAACACCACAAAAUGUGGAAUAAGUCAAGGGGUAUGAAUACUUUCUGAAGACACUGUAGCUGUGGAGCAAUAGUGUACUUUUGUCUAAAGGAUGUGGAAGGAAUUGCAAUCAAAUGUCAGAAUAGAAGAAAGCGAAGAGGUGUGUCAAAUCCACCCAUGCAAUAGUCAAUUGUCAGGCGUCAGAGGCUUUUGUGACCAAGCAGUUGAAAGCCAGUGCAUUCUGAAAAUAAACAAUGUUUUUGACAUGAACAACACAGAACAACCUUUUACAUUGCUUUACGUCAGUUUUUCACGGUGAAUGCAGCUUUCACUCUCCUGAUUUCCAUGAUUUCCUCCCACAGCGCCCUUUGUUGGGCAAGUUGAGGCUUCAGUGUGCUGAACUCCUAGAGGGCUCCGGUGUGGCUGUUCGAGACCCCUCAGCGUUUCACUUUCUGUGGGUGGUAGACUUCCCACUGUUCCUGCCAAAAGAAGAGGACCCUGAUCAGCUUGAGUCAGCCCACCAUCCUUUCACUGCACCUCUCCUUGAGGAUACUCAUCUCCUGUAUUCACAGCCUCACAAGGUUAGGGUCAUAUACAGUAGGAGGAGGGUUUUCUCCUUGGGCACAUAUUUAUAGAGAAGAACCCUCUCAUCAGCUUGUUUCUGUGCCCUUCCUUGCUGUUUGGUACAAAUAGAAAACUCUUAAAGAAAGUGUUGUCGGACAUAGCUGUCACUGUGCUAUUUCCAACCUGGAUGUGGUCCAAACAAGAAGUUUCGAAAUUCAAAACGAUGUAUUCAAGUAAAACUAAUAAUAAAAUGUAUUUAUUAGUGUAAACUACUCACCAUAAAUCAGUCUAUCAAUAUAAACAAACUUUACAUCAGAGUAUCCUGUACUGUUACUUCCUAUGCACUGAGACCAUAUCAUUCAUCUAUUUCUCCUGUGUCAAUAUGGCAGGUACGUGGCCAGCAUUAUGACCUGGUCCUGAACGGGUGUGAGGUUGGAGGAGGAUCCAUUCGUAUUCACAAGGCCUCUGAUCAGCAGCAUGUGUUGGAGACGAUCCUCAAGGUAAUGAACUUGGACUGGAUAAGUAAGAGUACCAGAAUACUGAUUUCCCAAACACACAGUCAUUUAUAUCAGGCUGAGGAGGAUAUGCAAGCACAGUUACCAUUAGUAUACCGUAUUUCGAAAGGCGCUGCAUUGGAAAGCAGACGUUUUACGGGCUCCUGACCAAUUGUGCUCUUUUGUGUAUUUUUUGGGGGCGCUGAUCGUAACCUUUAGUACAUAAUGUUUCCGCCAUCGUUUCCUAUGACCGAAAAGAGCUUCUGGACAUCAGAACAGCUAUCACUAACCUCGAUUUAGACGAGGACUUCAAUGGGUCGGAGGCGAAAGACAUAUAGAUUUUUCCGGACCAGGUCCAAAUCCCUGACACUCGUUGGAGGAGGAGACGGCGCUAUAGAGGCCGGCGCGUGUGCACCCUGAUGAGUCUACAGCGGUGAGUGAAUAAAUCGCAUCUACCCUCUGUUCUAUUGACGAAUGUGCAAUCGCUGGAGAAUAAACUGGAUGAGCUCAGUUCGAGACUAUCCUAUCAAACGGGACAUAAAGAACUGUAAUAUGCUAUGCUUCUCAGAGUCAUGGCUGAACAAGGACAUGGAUAAUAUACACUACAUGACCAAAAGUAUGUUGACACCUGCUUGUCGAACAUCUCAUUCCAAAAUCAUGGGCAUUAAUAUGAGGUUGGUUAAUCCUUUGCUGCUAUAACAGCCUCCACUCUUCUGGGAAGGCUUUCCACUAGAUGUAGGAACAUUGCUGCGGGGACUUGCUUCCAUUCAGCCACGAGCAUUCGUGAGGUUGGGCACUGAUGUUGGGCGAUUAGGCCUGGUUCGCAGUCCGCGUUCCAAUUCAUCCCAAAGGUGUUAGAUGAGGUUGAGGUCAGAGCUCUGUGCAGGCCAGUUAAGCUCUUCCACACCGAUCUCGACAAACCUGUAUGGACCUCACUUUGUGCACGGGGGCAUUGUCAUGCAGGAAAGGGCCUUUGUUGCCACAUAGUUGGAAGCACAGAAUCCUCUAGAAUGUCAUUGUAUGGUGUAGCAUUAAUAUUUCAUUUCACUGGAACUAAGGUGCCUAGCUCGAACCAUGAAAAACAGUCCCAGACCAUUAUUCCUACACCAAACUUUACAGUUGGCACUAUGCAUUUGGGCUGGAAGCGUUCUGCUGGCAUCCGCCAAACUCAGAUUUGUCAGUCGAUCUGCCAGAUGGUGAAGUGUGAUUCAUCACUCCAGAGAACGCGUUUCCACUGCUUCAGAGUCUGAUGGCGGCGAGCUUCACACCACUCCAGCUGACGCCUUAGCAUUGCGCAUGGUGAUCUUAGGCUUGUGUGUGGCUGCUCAGCCAUGGAAACCCAUUUCAUGAAACUCCCGACAAAUAGUUAUUGUGCUGACGUUGCUUCCAGAGGCAGUUUGGAACUCAGUAGUGAGUGUUGCAACCGAGCAUAGACAAUUUUUACGCGCUUCAGCACUCCGCUGUCCCGUUCUGUGAGCUUGUGUGGCCUACCACUUCGCGGCUAAACCGUUGUUUCUCCUAGACGUUUCCACUUCACAAUAACAUAAUUUACAGUUGGCCGGGUUAGCUCCAGCAAAGCUGAAAUUUGACCAACUGACUUGUUGGAAAGGUGGCAUCCUCUGACAGUGCCAUGUUGAAAGUCAUUGAGCUCUUCAGUAAGGCCAUUAUACUGCCAAUGUUUGUCUAUGGAGAUUGCAUGGCUGUGUGCUCGAUUUUAUACACCUGUCAUCAACGGGUGUGGCUAAAAAUAGCCGAAUCCACUAAUUUCAAGGGGUGUCCACAUACUUUUGUAUAGAUAGUGUACAUCUAGCUCCAUCGGCAGGACAGAACGGCAGAGUCCGGUAAGAUCGGGGGGGGGUGGGGUGUGUCUCUUUGUCAACAAUAGCUGGUACACGAUCUCUAAUAUUAAGAAAGUCUCGAGGUUCUACUUUCCUGAUUUAGAAUACCUCAUGAUAAGCUGUAGACCAUACUAUUUAUCAAGAGAGUUUAUCUGUAUUUUUCGUAGCUGUCUAUUUACCAGACCAAACUGGUGCUGGCACUAAGACUGCACUCAACGAGCUGUAUAGAGCCAUAAGCAAACAAGAAAAUGCUUAUCCAGAGGCAGCGCUCCUGGUGGCCGGUGAUUUUAAUGCAGGAAAAUUGAAAUCUGUUUUACCUCAUUUCUACCAGCAUGUCACCUGUGCAUUUGGCUCCAUUUGGCUAAUCUGACCAUAACUCUAUCCUCCUGAUUCCUGCUUACAAGCAAAAACUCAAACAGGAAGUACCAGUGACGGGCUCAAUACGGAAGUGGAUGCUAAGCUACAGGGCUAUUUCGCUAGCACAGACUGGAAUAUGUUCCAGGAUUCAUCCGAUGGCAUUGAGGAGCUUGCCACAUCAGUCACCGGCUUCAUUAAUAAGUACAUUGACGACGUAGUCCCAACAGUGACCGUACGUACAUAUCCCCACCAGAAGCCAUGGAUUACCAACAACAUCCGCACACUGAGCAAAAGGCUAGAGCUGCCACUUUCAUGGAGCGGGACACUAAUCCGGAUGCUUAUAAGAAAUUCCGCUACGCCCUCCGACGAACCAUCAAACAGGCAAAGCGUCAAUACAGGACUAAGAUCAAAUCCUACUACACCGGCUCUGACGCUCGUUGAAUGUGGCAGGGCUUGCAAACUAUCACAGAUUACAAAGGGAAACCUAGCUGAGAGCUGCCCAGUGACGCAAGCCUACCAGACGAGCUAAAUGCCUUCUAUGCUCGCUUUGAGGCAAGGAACACUGAACCAUGCAUGAGAGCACCAGCUGUUCCAGACGACUGUAUGAUCGCAUUCUUCGUAACCGAUAUGAGUAAGACCUUUAAACUGGUUAACAUUCACAAGGCCGCAGGGCCAGACGGAUUAUCAGGACGCGUACUCGGCGCAUGCGCUGACCAGCAGGUAAGUGUCUUCACUGACAUUUUCAACCUGACUCAGUCUGUAAUAUCUACAUGUUUCAAGCAGACCACCAUAGUCCCUGUGCCCAAGAACGCCAAGAUAACCUGUCUAUAUGACUACCGCCUCAUAGCACUCACAUCUGUAGCCAUGGAAUGCUUUGAAAGGCUGGUCAUAGCUCACAUCAACACCAUCAUUCCAGAAACCCUGAACCCACUCAAAUUUCGCAUAUCGCCCCAACAGAGCCACAGAUGACGCAAUCUCUAUUGCACUCCACACUGCCCUUUCCCACCUGGAUAAAUGAUACACCUACGUGAGAUGACUGUUCAUUGACUACAGCUCAGUGUUCGACACCGUAGUGCCCUCCAAGAUUAUCACUAAGCUAAGGAGCCUGGGCCUGAACACCUUCCUCUGAAACUGGAUCCUGGACAUACUGACGGGCCGCCCCCCAGGUGGUGAGGGUAGGCAACAACAUAUCCGCAACACUGACCCUCAACACAGGGUCCCUCAGUGGUGCGUGCUCAGUCCCCUGCUGUACUCCCAGUUCACCCACAACUGCUUGGCCACGCAUGAUUCCAACAUCAUUAAGUUUGCAGACGACACGACGGUGGUUGGCCUGAUCACAGACGACGAGGAGACAGCCUAUAGGGAGGAGGUCAGAGACCUUGCAGGGUGGUUCCAGGACAAGAACCUCUCCCUCAACAUGGGCAAGACAAAGGAGCUUAUCAUGGACUACAGGAAACUGAGGGCCGAACACGCCCCCAUUCACAUCGACAGGGCUGUAGUGGAGCGGGUCGAGAGCUUUAAGUUCCUCCGCAUGCACACCACACCUCUACCCCCUCAGGAGGCUGAAAAGAUUUGGAUGUGCCCUCAGAUCAUCAAAAAGUUCUACAGCUCCACCAUUGAGAGCAUCUUGACUGGCUGCAUCACCGCUUGGUAUGGCAACUGUUCGGCAUCUGAAUGCAAGGCGCUACAGAGGGUAGUGUGUAUGGCCCAGUACAUCACUGGGGCUGAACUCCCUGCCAUCCAGGAGCUCUAUACCAGGCGGAGUCAGAGGAAGGCUUAAAAAUUGUCAAACUCUAGCCACCCAAGUCAUAGACUGUUCUCUUUGCUACCGCACGGCAAGGAGUACCGGAGCGCAAGUCUGGGAUCAAAAGGCUCCUGAACAGCUUCUAUCCCCAAGCCGUAAGAUUGCUGAACCACAUUUUGUCUUGUUACAGCCUGAAUUUAAAAUGUAUUAAAUUGAGAUAUGUUGUCACUGGCCUACACGCAAUACCCCAUAAUGUCAAAGUGAAACCUUUACACAUUUAUUAAAAAUGAAAAGCUGAAAGUAUUCAACCCCUUUGUUAUGGCAAGCCUAAAUAAGUUCAGGAGUAAAAAUGUGCUUAACAAGUCACAUAAUAAGUUGCAUGGACUCACUCUGUGUCCAAUAAUUUUAAAACAGGAUUUUUGAAUGACUACCUCAUCUCUCUACCCCACACAUACAAUUAUCUGUAAGGUCCUUCAGUCGAGCAGUGAAUUUCAAACACAGAUUCAACCACACAGACCAGGGAGGUUUUCCAAUGCUUUGCAAAGAAGGGCACCUAUUGGUAGAUGGGUAAAAAUAAAAAAAGCAGACAUUGAAUAUUCCUUUGAGCAUGGUGCAGUUAUUAUUUACACUUUGGAUGGUGGAUCAAUACACCCAGUCACUACAAAGAUACAGGUGUCCUUCAUAACUCAGUUGCCUGUGAGAAAGGAAACCACUCAAGGAUUUCACCAUGAGGCCAUUUGUGUCUUUAAAGCAGUUAGAGUUUUUAAUGGCUAUGAUAGGAGAAAACUGAGGAUGACUCCACAUUAGAUAUUACUGCACUGUCGGAGCUAGAAGCACAAGCAUUUUGCUACACCCGCUAUAACAUCUGCUAAACAUGUAUAUGUGACAAAUAACAUUUGAUUUGAUUACUACCCUAAUUGACAGAGUGAAAAUAAGGAAGCCUGUACAGAAUAUAAAUAUUCCAAAACAUGCAUCCUGUUUGCAACAAGGCACUAAAGUAAUACUGCAAAACAUUUGGCAAAGCAAUUAACUUUUUGUCCUGAAUACAAGGUGUUAUGAUUGGGGCAAAUCCCAUACAACACAUUGCUGAGUACCACUCUCCAUAUUUUCAAGCAUAGUGGUGGCUGCAUCAUGUUAUGGGUAUGCUUGUAGUCGUUAAGGACUGGGGAGUUUUUCAGUUUAAAAAAGAAACGGAAUGAAGCUAAGCACAGGCAAAAUCCUAGAGGAAAACCUGGUUCAGUCUGCUUUCCACCAGAAACUGGGAGAUGAAUUCACCUUUCAGCAGGACAAUAACCUAAAACACAAGGGCAAAUAUACACUGGAGUUGCUUACCAAGAAGACGGUGAAUGUUCCUGAGUGGCCGAGUUAGUUUUGACUUAAAUCUGCUUGAAAAUCUAUGGCAAGACCUGAAAAUGGUUGUCUAGCAAUGAUCAACAACCAAUUUGACAGAGCUUUAAGAAUUUUGAAAAAAGUAAUGUUGCACAAUCAAUCAAUCAAUCACAUUUAUUUAAAAAGCCCUUUUUACAUCAGCAGAUGUCACAAAGUGCUAUACAGAAACCCAGCCUAAAACCCCAAGGAGCAAGCAAUGCAGAUGUAGAAGCACGGUCACUAGGUAAAAUUCCCUAGAAAGGCAGGAAUCUAGGAAGAAACCUAGAGAGGAACCAGGCUCUGAGGGGUGGCCAGUCCUCUUCUGGCUGUGCCGGGUGGAGAUUAUAAGAGUACAUGGCCAUUAAGGCCAGAUUGUUCUUCAAGAUGUUCAAACCUUCAUAGAUGACCAGCAGGGUCAAAUAAUAAUCACAGUGGUUGUAGAGGGUGCAACAGGUCAGUACCUCCAGGUGUGGCAAGCUCUUAGAUACUUAUCCAGAAAGACUCGCAACAUAUAUUGACUCAGGGGGUUGAGGCACUGGGGUCUAAGGCACUGCAUCGCAGGGCUCAAGGCUUCACUACAGACCCGGGUUCGAUCCCAGGCUGUCUCACAGCCGGCCGUGACUGGGAGACCCAUGAGGCGGCGCACAAUUGGCCCAGCGUCGUCCUGGUCAGGGGAGGGUUUGGCCAGCUGGGAUUUCCUUGUCCCAUCGCGUUCUAGCGACUCCUUUUGGCGGCUAGCUUCCGGGUUAAGCGAGCAGUGUGUCAAGAAGCAGUGCGGCUUGGCAGGGUUCUGUUUCAGAGGACGCAUGGCUCUCGACCUUCGCCUCUCCCGAGUCCGUAGGAGAGUUGCAGCGAUGGGACAAGACUGUAACUACCAGUUGGAUAUCAUGACAUUGGGGAGAAAAAGGGGUUAAAGUACAAAAACUAUAUACAGUGCUAUGAAAAAGUAUUUGCCCCCUUUCUAAUUUUCUCUACUUUUACAUAUUUGUGAUACUGAAUGUUAUCAGAACCUAAUAUUAGAUAAAGGGAACCAUAAGUGAACAAAUAACACAACAAUUACAAUAACAAAGUUAUUGCCCCCUUACACUCAAUAACUGGUUGUGCCACCUUUAGCUGCAAUGACUCCAACCAAAUGCUUCCUGUAGUUGUUGAUCAGUCUCUCACGUCGCUGUGGAGGAAUUUUGGCCCAUGCAGAACUGCUUUAACUCAGUGACGUGGGUUUUCAAGCAUGAACUGCUCGUUUCAAGUCCUGCCACAACAUCUCAAUUGGGAUUAGGUCUGGACUUUGACUAGGCCAUUCCAAAACUUCCAAUUUGUUGCUUUUUAGCAAUUUUCCUGUAGACUAGAUUGUGUGUUUUGGAUCAUUGUCUUGCUGCAUGACCCAGCUGCGCUUCAGCUCACAGACGGAUGGUCUGACAUUCUCCUGUAGAAUUCUCUGAUACAGAGCAGAAUUCAUGGUUCCUUCUAUUAAGGCAAGUCGUCCAGGUCCUGAGGCAGCAAAGCAUACCCAAACCAUCACACCACCACCACCAUGCUUGACCUUUGGUAUGAUGUGCUUACUGUGGAAUGCAGAGUUUGGUUUUCGCCAAAAUCUGGUGGUCCUCCAUCCACACAUUGAUUGACCUGGCUGUGUGGCAUGGCACAUUGUCCUGCUGGAAAAACCAAUCCUCAGAGUUGGGGAACAAUGUCAGAGCAAAAGGAAGCAAGUUUUCUUCCAGGACAACCUUGUACGUGGCUUGAUUCAUGCGUCCUUCACAAAGACAAAUCUGUCCGCUUCCAGCCUUGCUGAAGCACCCCCAGAUCAUCACCGAUCCUCCACCAAAAUUCACAGUGGGUGCGAGACACUGUGGCUUGUAGGCCUCUCCAGGUCUCCGUCUAACCAUUUAGACGACCAGGUGUUGGGCAAAGCUGAAAAUUGGACUCAUCAGAGAAGAUGACCUUUCUACAGUCCAAUCCUUAUGGUAUUUUGCAAACCUCAGCCUGGCUCUUCUUUGCUUCUCAUUGAUGAAGUACUUUUUUCUAGCUUUGCACGACUUCAGCCCUGCCCCUAGGAGCCUGUUUUGAACCGUCCUCGCCGUGCACUUCACCCCAGCUGCCGUUGGCCAUUCUUUUUGUAGGUCACUUGAUGUCAUCCUACGGUUGUUGAGUGACAUUCGAAUAAGUUGGCGUCAUCCCGGUCAGUAGAGAGUCGUUUUCGCCCUCUGCCGGUCUGUAGCUUUGUUGUCCCCAAUGUCUGCUGCUUGACCUUGUUCUUAUGAACCGCCGUCUUUGACAUUUUAAGGAUGGAAGCAACCUGACACUCACUGUAUCCUCUGCCAGUAAAGCCAGAAUUGAACCCUUCUUUUCCUCACUCAAAACUUUCCUUUUCAACUCUUUUAGCAUGGUCAAUAGUUAUUUUUUGAUUAAUAUUACUUUUGAGGUACUAUUAGCACUGUUUUUGCCAUCCAGCUGGUCCUAUUGCAAGAGGAUAGUGAUGACCACAGCAUUGUUUUUUAUACUUUUCCUCGUUAAAUAAGAUUUGGUUCAUGUGAUCACCUAAUCAGUACCUAAUUCUGUAGAAUGACGUGUGCCUGUGUUGGAAUUCAACAGACACUGGAAUGGAAUGGCUGUCCUACAUAUUUCCAGUGGUCUCUUAAUUCUUUCCACAGAUAUAUAUAUAUAUAUAUAUAUAUAUAUAUGUGUGUGUGUGUGUGUGUGUGUGUGUGUGUGUGUGUGUGUGUGUGUAUAUAUAUAUAUAUACAGUGAGGGAAAAAAGUAUCUGAUCCCCUGCUGAUUUUGUACGUUUGCCCACUGACAAAGACAUGAUCAGUCUAUACUUUUAAUGGUAGGUUCAUUUGAACAGUGAGAGACAGAAUAACAGAAGCAAUCAAUCAAUCAGAUUCCAAACUCUCCACCAUGGCCAAUACCAAAGAGCUCUCCAAGGAUGUCAGGGACAAGAUUGUAGACCUACACAAGGCUGGAAUGGGCUACAAGACCAUCGCCAAGCAGCUUGGUGAGAAGGUGACAACAGUUGGUGCGAUUAUUCGCAAAUGGAAGAAACACAAAAAACGGUCGAUCUCCCUCGGCCUGGGGCUCCAUGCAAGAUCUCACCUCGUGGAGUUGCAAUGAUCAUGAGAACGGUGAGGAAUCAGCCCAAAACUACACGGGAGGAUCUUGUCAAUGAUCUCAAGGCAGCUGGGACUAUAGUCACCAAGAAAACAAUUGGUAACACACUAUGCCGUGAAGGACUGAAAUCCUGUAGCGCCCGCAAUGUCCCCCUGCUCAAGAAAGCACAUAUACAUGCCCGUCUGAAGUUUGCCAAUGAACAUCUGAAUAAUUCAGAGGAGAACUGGGUGAAAGUGUUGUUGUCAGAUGAGACCAAAAUGGAGCUCUUUGGCAUCAACUCAACUCGCUGUGUUUGGAGGAGGAGGAAUGCUGCCUAUGACCCCAAGAUCACCAUCCCCACCGUCAAACAUGGAGGUGGAAACAUUAUGCUUUGGGGGUGUUUUUCUGCUAAGGGGACAGGACAACUUCACCGCAUCAAAGGGACGAUGGACGGGGCCAUGUACCAACAAGGGUUUUGCCACCAAGUACUAAGUCAUGUUUUGUAGAGGGGUCAAAUACUUAUUUCCCUCAUUAAAAUGCAAAUCAAUUUAUAACAUUUUUGACAUGUGUUUUUCUGGAUUUUUUUUUGUUAUUCUGUCUCACUGUUCAAAUAAACCUAUCAUUAAAAUUAUAGACUGAUCUUUUCUUUGUCAGUGGGCAAACGUACAAAAUCAGCAGGGGAUCAAAUACUUUUUUCCCUCACUGUACAUACUGUAUUACCUCAAUUACCUUGUACCACUGCACAUUGAUCAGUACUGGUACUCCUUGUAUAUAGCCAUGUUAUUUUAUUGUUACUAUUUCCCUUUUUAUUUAGCAAAUAUCUUUCUUACUUUUUAACUCUGCAUUGUUGGGAAUGGGCUCGUAAUCAAGCAUUUCACAGUGAAGUCUACACCUGUUGUAUUCGGCACAUGUGACCAAUAAAAUGUGAUUUGAUUUAGUACCGAAAUUAUAGCUUUUCAAAAUAAACAACUGAUUAGGAUCGGGAAUCACAGUGCUCAUAUUGUUGCUGCCUCUAGCUGCAAGUUUCUGAGGUGCAUGUUCUCCUAGCUUGCUGCAAGGUCAGUCUGUAAUAUUUAUUAUCACUGGUAAUAAGACAGUAUUUACUACUGUAGCUGUAGGAUAGAUUCUACUGUCAUAAUCCUUCCAGCUUAGCGAUGAAUAAAAAAGGGCAGACUUAGUGAAUCCCUCUGUAGAGUUAGGAAACCCCCUGACUUUGUUCUGUCUUUCAGGAGGAUCCAUCUCUCCUUUCUCACCUGUUAGAGGCACUGGACUCUGGGGCUCCCCCUCAUGGUGGGAUUGCAUUGGGUAAGUCAGCCAUAAUAACCAUCAUAACUGACACCAGACACACUCAGCUUUGCGUUUCUCAUGCUUUCAUAUUUCACCAUUUUGUUCUAUGCCCCGUGUAGCUCAAUUGGUAGUGCAUGGCGCUUGCAACGCCAGGGUUGUGGGUUCGAUUCCCACGGGGGGCCAGUAUGAAAAAAUUUAUGAAAAAUGUAUGCACUCACUUAACUAAGUCGCUCUGGAUAAGAGCGUCUGCUAAAUGAUUAAAAUGUAAAAUGUUCUACAGAAUCUUAGUAGUAGACUUAGUAGAACUAAGUAGGCCAGGCCCCUUGUCCUCCUGCAGCCAAAUGUAAUACCUCAUUUGUGAUUCAUAAUUUCUUUCCCCUGACUAAAAUCCCUUGUUCAUUUUUCCUCUAGGUUUGGACCGCCUUCUGUCUAUUAUCGUCGGAGCCCCCAGCAUCAGAGACGUGAUUGCCUUCCCCAAAUCAUUCAGGGGCCAUGACCUGAUGAGUCGUGCUCCAGAUUUCGUCUCUGAAGACGAGCUGAAACCCUACCACAUCUCUGUCAACUGGCCAGCAGGAGGCGAAGGGAACCAGGAGAAAUAGACAUUGCUGCUGCUGCUACACCUUUGUCCUGAAGCUGAGACUCUGACUCAUAUUACAGAUGGAUUUACAUUGGGGAGAUGCAGGACGACAUAGUACCGUGACAUAUAUGCGAUUCUCCUGCUGACAUGCUGUCACUUUAGGUUUGCUCGCAUCGGUAUAAAUUCUGUGUCGGCCGAGUGGGGAAAGACUGUGGUUUCGGAGUUGGUAUUCUCAUUCCCGCGUCUCUGCAACUUAAACCCAGUUUACACCUUUGUCCUGAAGCUCAAACUCUGACUCGCAUAUUGAUGUUUCCACUUGGCUCCAGUUUCCGGUUGAAGUCUUUUCCAGUUGGCUCCAUUUCUCAAGUUGCACUUUUUUGCCAGUUUGUAGUUGUCCUCAGGGGCUGCUCCUCUGCUAGCCAAAAUAUAGUCAGUAUCGAUGUGAGACUGUCCUGAAAGUGACAUAAUAUAUGUACACUGUAGACAGGAGACACUGUCACAAAUAAAUUGUCAUGUUUUUUUUCUUAUUUGCUCUCAUGCUACAAAGUACAAUCCUGUAUACGUGCUAUAUAAUAUGUUACUCAGACUUUGUGUGAAAACAUAGAAAUGUCCAAUAGGCGGUAGCAUUGUUCCAUUUGAUCUUGUACAAUAUUUUCCUCUCAUACACCCUUAUCUAGGACAGCAUGACAUUAACUGAAGCAAUUAAGGUUACAUACAUUUCUCAAGGGUACUACAGUACCUUCUAGUACAGUAAGCCUCACAUAUGCUGAACCUUCAACCUACAGAUCACCUUUUACAACGCUUACCACCUAGCUACUAAAUCAAUGCAGUGUCAAUCAGCUCAGAUUUUCAUUUUUUGGGCAUUAAGAAUGUAUUCAUUCCCCUUCAGACUGCAGAGUUAUUUUAGUGCCACGCUGAUGUAACCUCUGUGCCAGUGUAAACUGCCACUUUUACAAUAACAGCUGCCUGCCCACGCCGCCUGCCUGCCACCUUCGCUAGGAGACAGUUGCUAACUCUGCCGGGUACCACACAGAUGUUCUCAUUAGUGCACAAACUACAGCCAACACUACAGCUUGUCCUGGAUGCCAUUUUGUCUGUCGUCUGAGGGGUUGAAGAUGGUGCUGGUGGUAGAGUGAGGCUUUCCCCAUGCCUUGGCAAUUAUAGAGUGAAGUUCAAAGACUAGUCUUUCUUUUUUAGUGGGAUUUUUUUGCUGAGAGAGAUGGCUGAGGAUAGAAGGGCUUGCUUGUCUCUCCACAGUCAGUGUUGAGAGGGCAGUUAAAAGGACGAGAGCUGAUGCAACCCUCAUGGCCAACCCACACUAGUUCCACAUUGUGAUGGAAAGGCUAUACCUUUUCAUGUCUGUGCAGUGCAGAGGAAAGCACUUGAUGUAAAAUGAACAGUAUUGCAAGGCUACUACUGACAGUAGGCACAUUGUCUUGCUGCACAUUUGUACAAAACGUUGAAGCUGUGAAUUGUGAAUUUAUUCACAGUCACUGCCGUUCCAAAUUAACUGUGGUCCAUGUGUCAAACAUAAAAGGACAAAGAGAGGACAAUUAUGUUUACCCACUGAAAAAUGGUGUGAGCUUGCAUGUUUAAAGUAACACUGCAUAAGCAUGACUGGGGCAUAAUUAUAAUGAAUUCCAGAAGCUCAGCUACCAUCGUUCUCAAUUUAAUGAGUCUCUGUAUAAUUCCAAACAUUUUGUAAUCUCUUGGGACAAGCGGUCUCAAUAGUGUAACCCAGGUUGAUGUGGUCUGGGGGGGUUUCUACCGGUAUCUUGGAGACAAGCCCAGGGUUAAUGAGCUCUCUGGCACUUCCUUUGUCCCUAAUGGGCAUUUGUUAUGGAAAGCACUUGACCGAAAAUAAACUGGAUUUAGCAUGCACAGUUAGAUGUCUUGGCCAUGAAGGGAAAUUCCUGCAGAAAGAGGAUUGCAUUGUGUGAUUUUAUGCUACAUCCUACUGUACAUUUAUUUUGACAGUUUGUGGAUUCAUUUUAAUUAGGUUGUAAUUAGUCUAUAAUGAAUGUAUUAUCUUGUAGCCAUGCUAAGCACAUAUCAGUAUCAGUAAUAAUUGGGUUGUUCCAUGAAAAGAUUGCCUUUUGCAUCCAUUUUGAUAUUUUAAGUAGAAAUUG